UUUUCCGCUCAAACUUAACGAAUAUAGUCAUUCGGCCUUUCGUUCAGUUGUCCGACUACAGAAAAGUCUGAAAAAAUGUCAACAAAAGUUUCUCGUGAUACUCUCUACGAGUGCGUCAAUGCUGUCCUGGCUGGAUCCAAGGAGAAGAAACGAGGAUUUCUCGAGACGGUGGAACUCCAAAUUGGCCUGAAGAACUAUGAUCCCCAGAAGGAUAAGCGUUUCUCUGGCACUGUCAAGCUCAAGCAUAUCCCUCGGCCAAAGAUGCAAGUCUGCAUCCUGGGAGAUCAGCAGCAUUGCGAUGAAGCUAAAGCCAAUGAAGUGCCCUUCAUGGAUGCCGAAGCACUCAAGAAGUUGAACAAGAACAAGAAGCUAGUGAAGAAACUGGCCAAGAAGUACGAUGCCUUCCUAGCCUCAGAAUCCCUCAUCAAGCAGAUUCCACGUCUCCUUGGUCCAGGUCUCAAUAAAGCCGGCAAAUUCCCCGGGCUCUUGUCUCACACGGAAUCCAUGACCCAGAAGAUUGACGAGGUCAAGGCCACCAUUAAGUUCCAAAUGAAGAAGGUACUGUGCCUUUCCGUGGCCGUUGGACACGUAAAUAUGCCAGCAGAUGAGUUAGUGCAGAACAUUCAUCUGUCCAUCAAUUUCCUGGUGUCCCUGCUGAAGAAGCACUGGCAGAAUGUUCGCUCAUUGCACAUCAAAUCAACAAUGGGACCGGCUCAGCGUCUCUACUAAGCCAUUUGCUUCCACUGAAUCCCAUCCCAUUGACUUUUGGAUGGCAAUAAAGGUAAAAAUCUCUCAAAAAA